ACUGAUGCAAAGAGGAUAAAAAGAAACCAAGAACACUGCAAUCUUCACAUUAGACUUGCGACUAAAGCAGCAAACUAACAUGAAGAAGGGAAGCCGAGAGAAAGCAAGAACAGCAGUCCAACAUUCACAAAUCCUGCACUAAGUUAACACAUCUUCCAGAUAUUUUGACAUUUUUCGAGAAAUGUUUCAAUCCACCAAAGCUGAAGCCAGAACAGCUUUAUUUCAAGACAGUCAAGAAAACAAGCGUAAGAGAGUCCGUCAGAUAUGCGAUGAGUUUCUAUCAGUAGACAAGACGUCGCUCCAAGAUGGCAGUCAGCACCGAACGUGCGAGAGAAAGUCUUGGCCGAUUGCAUACAUGUAUGAAGGCGGAAAUUUUGUUAAGCGAGAAGACUUGAAACUCUUAGUGCCCUUCUCAUUAUACACUAAAAAUAGCACGGAUUGCAGUUCCUCCUCCGAGAGAAAGUACUACACUGAAGAAAUUGCAGCCUUCGAGAGCGCAGCUCAAGCUUUAUCCAACAUGGACAACAAAGAAAACAAUUUCCAAGUAACACUCCCUAACCAUCAACAGGCACAAGAGGAGCUAAGAGGCGAACCUAAAGUAAAGAAGAGAAAAGAAGAUUCUUCGGCAGAUGAAGAUGCAAAUAAUGAACCAACAGACAGAGAGAGCUACUGGGAGCGAAGGAAAAAGAAUAACGCUUCGGCGAAAAAGUCGAGAGAUGCGAGAAAAGCCCGAGAACAGGAAAUACAGAUCAAAGCAGCUUUCCUUGAGAGGGAAAACCUGAGGAUACUUACACAGCUUAUGAUGGUCCAACGGGAAAAUGAGUGUUUAAAACGAGUUUUAUGCUCAAAAUAUGAAACACCUUUAUGACAGUUAACCUGAUCAUUUUGUCUUUAUACUCGGUAGCCGGUCGUUUCGGCUACAAGUCGUUUCGUAUAGAAGUCGAUUCGCCUACACUAAAUGCUUAUUACUAAAUACUAAAUACUUACCUAAAAAUUCUGAAAAUUGACAAACAGGCCGUACAAUAAUUAUAGUAAUGUUUUUUGGGAGAGUAUUCCACAGCGACGGUGCGGCUAUGCUGAACGUUCUGUCUCAACAAACGAGCUACUAAACUUGAAGAUCACCAACGGGAACUCGUCAUGUACCAAAAGAACAGAGAAUUAAAAUUCACCUUUAACUUGAAAUGAUAUAUGUGUGUGUAAGAAAAAAUUCUUCUGGACAGGGAGCAGACGAUCGGUAUGUUGUCGAUUCAAGUAACUGUACGUGAUCAAACUGUGUGGAAUCCCGAUUUCUCGAACCCUUCGAUAACUCGAACCAAAAGUCGUUUCCCCUCCUCAGUUGAGCAUUGUAAUUUUACUCCCGUUUCUCGAAAUCUAUGAUUUUUCGAACCAAUUUUCCUUUCCCCUUGCGGUUCGAAAAAUCGGGAUUACACUUUACAUGCAUCGUGUUACGCGUCUGUCUGAUUCGCGCUACAAUUUUACGGUGAAUUUAACUAGAAAUACGGUCAAAUACAACUCCUCUGCUUCCCGUGGGCAGUGAUUUUCAUCUAUCUUCGCAUAUAUUUUCGACUUAAGUGUAGGCGAAACGACUCAGUUAAUGUAGGCGAAUCGACUCAGAUCGUGUUGGCGAAGCGACUUCGAUGUAGGCGAAUCGACUUGCAGGCGAAACGACUGACAUCCUUAUACACAGUUUAUAGUUAUAAAAAGUGCAUGUUUUAGCGUUUGGAAAGCCUUUGCCUUUUGUAGAUCGUCUCAGUAGAGGAAACCAAUGUUGUUAAAGAUCAGUUUUGUUUUUAUGUAACCAUAUGAACUUCCGAUCGGUGUAAGCCGGUAUCUUUGGCUUAGUACCAAAGAUACGAGUUGAUAAUCUUUUUAUCGUAAUAAUUGUCUUUUAAUGUAAUCAACACAUUGAGAUUGUAAUAAAACCCUUACGUUUUCUUUGGAAAAACAAAA